AUGCAAGAGCGUUUGGCCAUCUUGGAUUGGCUCUCGACCAUCGAUCACGCUGCUCACCAGAACGAUGCUUUCGCAAAACACCAGGCGGGCACCGGACAAUGGCUUCUAGACUCACUGCCCUUUAAGGAGUGGAUGGCGGCUGCUGAGCCUGAGGAGCUGUUUUGCCCUGGCAUGCCAGGCGCCGGCAAGACGGUGCUGUCGUCGGUUGUCAUCGACCAUCUGCAGUCGCUGGCCGAGGGCGAGCGGAUUGGAGUGGCCUAUGUGUACUGCGACUACCGUCGGGUCGAUGAGCAAACGACGCGCGACGUGCUGGCCAGUCUCCUGAGGCAGCUCGCGCAAGGCUUGGCGUCCAUACCAAGGCCACUGAAGGAGCUAUACACUGCGUGCCGGACGAAACCGAGGGUGGACCAGCUUCUCGCGAUGAUCACCUCCAUCACUGGCCUGUAUUCAAAGGUGUCCAUCGUGGUGGACGCACUUGAUGAAGCGAGGGAGACCGAUGGGUUCAGGCAGCAGCUCAUCUCCUCGCUGCACGCGAUUCAGGCAGACGGAAAGACCAAGCUGUUUUUGACGUCUAGAUUCAACCCGGAUGUGAUUGGCAUGCUGGAGACGUCGCGGACAAUCGAGAUCAGGGCCACGCCCGACGACGUGAAGCUGUACCUGGAGGGGCAUAUGUCACAGCUCCCUGCCUUUGUCGGUCGCAGUCCAGCAUUGCAGGACGAGGUGAAGACAGGCAUUUCGAAUGCUGUGGACGGCAUGUUCCUGCUUGCAAAGCUUUAUCUCGACUCACUCCGCGGGAAGAGAUCACCAAAGGCCAUGCGGACAGCUAUCCAGCAGCUCUACGCCGGUUCGGAGGCAUACGAUCGCGCGUAUGACGACGCGAUGGAGCGAAUUCGAAGCCAAGGGCCCGACCAAGAGGAAUUGGCGAAGCAGGUUCUCUCGUGGAUCGUGCGCGCAACACGGGCGCUUAAAAAAGAAGAGUUGCAGCAUGCACUCGCUGUCGAGCUUGCAGAAAGCGACCUUGACGAAGACAACCUGCCGCAGGUUGAGGAUAUGGUCGCCGUGUGUGCUGGCCUUGUUGCGGUCGACGAGAACGGGGAUACGAUCCAUCUCGUUCACUACACCACGCAGGAGUACUUUGCUCGGACCUGGGAGCAAUGGUUCCCGACGGCAGAGGAGGACAUUGUCAAGAUAUGCGCCACGUAUCUCAUGUUCGACGCCAUUCAACAAGGCCCCUUUGAUUCUCGUAGGCGUCGAGAGUUACGGAUGAAAGGGAACCCUCUCUUGGAGUACGCCUGCAAUAACUGGGGGCAUCACGCGAUUAAGUACGGCGAGCCUUGCGCAGAGGUGCUUGCGUUUCUCAGGUCGCCUCGUGCGGUGGUUGCGGCUUCGGAAGUCGUCUUCACCGACGAUCCACUCCGGCUCUGGAAAACAGGACUCUCAUUCUGGACCAAGAGUGAAAAGGGCAACGCAGAGAAACUGCUGGCUCUGCACCUUGCCUCUUACUUUGGGGUGGAAUACGCCGUACGGGCCCUGCUCGAAGAGGGCCACGAGCCAGAUCUUCCGAACCCGUGGGGCAGAACACCCAUCUCGCUGGCCGCGGAACAAGGCAAUGACGACGUGAUGCGGAUGCUGCUGGAGACCGGGAGAGUGGACGCAGACUCGAGAGACGUGUAUGGUCGGACUCCUUUGUCUUGGGCGGCCGAGAUGGGAAGCCUGAGUACCGUGCAGUUCCUGCUGGACGAGGAAUUGCCUGCGUCUUUGUUCGACUUUACAAGGGCUGCACGGGAGGCGGAACAGACAAAAGAAGGGCAGCAAGCUCCAGGCCCGAAAAAGUGUGCUGUGGACGACAGGUCUCGCGAUGACAAGGGGUGGACUCCCUUGACGCACGCCUGCUAUGGUGGGAGACUCGACAUUGCAAGACUGUUCUUGGACCGCGGGACCCCGGUCGAUUCGGAGACUGCAGUAGGCGAGACUCCGCUCAUGUACGCUGCUAACCGGGGGGCGGAAGGCAUUGUGACGAUGCUGCUCGAACGGGGCGCCUCGCCGAACCACAAGAGCCACAAUGGCGGAUCACCUCUCCAAAGAGCAGUCAGGGGGGAACAAGAGGGGACCGCCAGGCUUCUGCUUGAGGCGGGUGCCGAUGCGAGAACGGCGGACAAGGCUGGAGAGACGCCGCUCCAUAUCGUCACCAAACUGCCGCUCGCCAUACUGAUGAUCGAGUACGGCGCCGAUAUCAACGCGAGGGACGAGAAGAACCAGACACCCCUGCGCUGUCUGGUUGCGACAUACGGACGAGAGUCCCUUGUCGAGCUGUUUCUCUCUCACGGCGCAGACGUUCACGCGCGAGACGAGCAAGGGAUGACCGCUCUGGCCGCCGCCACCUCCCCCGAGAACGUUGGACUGUUGCUGGCGAACGGCGCCAUUGUCGACUCACGGGACAACAAUGGGCGCACACCCCUAUCGUACAAGAAGAGCGCCGGGGCUGUUCGACUGCUGCUCGAGCACGGCGCCGACGUCCAUGUGCGGUGCAACGUGGGCCGCACGCCGCUGUCGUACAUUGGCACAGACGGGGUUUUACUCGACGAAGCCGUGGAAAACGCGAGCGCCUUGGUCAAGCACGGGGCCCAUGUAAACUCGCGAUGCGAUGUCGGACGCACGCCGCUGUCCUACGUCGCUGGGAGAGGCAGCAGGGCUGAAGAGGCCAUCGGCCGAGCGCUCGUCGAGCUUGGGGGGGAUGUGAACACGAUGGACAACCGCGGGCGCACGCCACUCUGGCACACGGCGGCUUGCGAAAGCCCUAAUGUGUACAGAUCGGUCAUGGCAAACGAGCUGAUUCAGCUAGGGGCCGAUGUCAAUCUGCCAGACGAGGAUGGGAGGACGGCGCUCCAGGUGGCGGCGCAGGCGGACAUACACGGGAAGAAGGAGCUUGUGCAGCUUUUGCUGGCCUCGGGCGCGACCUGGGAGACUGACGGCCCUGAGGGGGAGUAUAUUUCCGAUUUGCUCUCUGGUGCUCUGCGAACCCCGACGCCAGUGGAAGACGAGGAGGACUUGUUGCCUCGUUGUUCUAUGAUGUAG